CAUUUACUAUCUCAUGAUAUAUCUGGAUCACAUUUUAUGGUUGGAGAAUGGAAAAUCAAUAGCCGGCUUAGAGCACUACAGUUUGGUUUGUUUUUGAAAGCUAUAUUGAUGUAUCUACUCUAGUCUCUGGCCUGUACUAAGUUAAACCAGUGCAUCAAUCUUUCACUUUGAUUGAAGCUGAUACUGAUAAGAUAAUUAUUGCUGUCGUUAAAGCUGUAUUAUUGUUAUUGUGUAUUGCCUAGGUGAUUUUGCUGAGUCUUUGCUAAAUCUUUACUGUGACAGGUUACACAAAGCCAUGUUGAAUUUUGGAACAAAUUAAAACAACUCACUCGUUUCCACCCAACUGAGGUGUUCGAUUUGGGCCAAAUUUAACUAUAAAACAUUGCUUGCCUUGAAAUGCUAUACUUGGGAGUUCUUAGAUUCUGUUGUUGGAAGUGUCGUUCUGGUCAUAGACAAUUACAAUGCACCCAUUAUGAUAGAGCUGAAAAAAGUCUUGUUUUUAAUGUGGGACAACAAGGUAGACCUGCUCUAGAUGAAGAAAGAAGAGUUUUCAAAUUGGUUGCAGCUGAUUUUGAUGCAGAGGCUAAUCCCAAAUGCUCAGAGUCAAAAUUGUACAAGUUUCAAUGUAGAAAAAGUCCUAGAUUUAGAUGUUGCAAUGGAGAUUCAUUAUCAAUUGAUAUUUAUUUAGAUCCCAAAAAAUCCAAAGUUGUUGAAAUUCAUCCUCCUAUGGAGAUUCAUUCAGGUUCCAAUGGUAUAAGUGUUGAUGCAUUUCAAUUGCCUCGAAGAAAUGGAAAAGCCAAAUUCAUUAACCCAGAUUCGAGUAAAAUUAAAGAUUAUAAGAGUACCCAAAGUGUUGACACAGACAUAAUUGCUGAAAAGAAAACUCAUCCAUUGAAUGUGAAGCUUUUACCACCUCCACUCAGUACAAAACCACCAAGUACAUCACCAGUGAAUGCUACAAGAGGACGCUUAAAUCCUAAAACACAAUCAGCAACGAAAAGAACCAUUGAAAGAGAAGAUACACCAAUACCAAGUAGCAGUUUGAGUUUAUCACCAUCACCAUCAUCUCAAAAAAGACCACGUACCAGCUCAAAGCAAACUCAAACAGAUCCAGUUAAAGAGCUAUCAUCACCUAAUUUACCUUCCCAAAACACUCGUUCUCACGCCUUUGAAAACAUUUCGAAUCAUGUGCCAUCAACUCCCAUGGAGCCUUUGAGAACAAGAAUCACAAGAAGACGGUCCAAAAGUCAACCAUGA